UGAGUGCAAGGUUGAAAACCACAGCUGGGUCACGUGGUUAUGCAAGUGUUCCACUCUCUGUCUUUACUUUGUUCAGCACAACUUCCUCAGUUUGUAUGAAUUUACUAUCAGCAUGCUUCUGUUCACUAUCGCAAUUAUGCCGAAGAAACUGUCGCUAUAAAAAGACACACAGGAACCAAAAAGAGGAAGAGGAAGGGCUAAAGGAAGGCCGCGGACGGUGAAGUGAUGGACACGCCAGAUGAGAACUGCUGUCUGAGCAUCGUCAGUGGUGCUUAUCCAGUACGGAGCACAGAGGAAGUACUUCUCCCUUUCUUCACAGAUGAGAGUCUCCAGGCUGCUAUGGCCUCAGAACUUCGACUGGUCCUCCUGGGCAGGAAAGGAGCCGGCAAAAGUGCAGCGGGCAACACUAUCCUGGGAGGAGUGGGAGGGUUUGAGAGCGGGAAGCCCACGGAGGAGUGCGUGAAAAGGCGAGCCGAUGUGGCAGGGAGAAAGGUCACACUGGUGGACACCCCUGGGUGGGAGUGGUACUACCCACUCAAUAGCACCCCCAACUGGGUAAAGAGAGAAACUUUACGGAGCGUAUCGCUUUGUCCGCCUGGACCCCAUGCUGUGCUUCUCGUGGUUCGUUCCUGUGCUUCACUGACCGAUGCUUACAUCAAGGAGAUGGAGGAGCACCUGGAGCCACUGGGAAGAAGAGUGUGGGAACAUACCAUGCUGCUGUUCACCAGGGGAGACGAACUGGGCCUGUGGUCCAUGGAGCAACGGAUUCUGACCAGCGGCCCUGCGCUUCAGAGACUCCUCCAGAAGUGUGGGAACAGAUACCACGUCGUGAACAAUCUGAGCAAAGGAGAUGGGACGCAGGUGAAAGAGCUGAUGAGGAAGCUGGAGCUGAUGGUGGAAGGGAAGAAAGAUGGAACCAGUCAUUUGGAGAUGGACAACACACUCCUGUUGGGUUUGGAGGCAGAUAGGAAGAGGAGAGCCAGGGAGAGGAGGAAGAAACAGAGGCAGAUGGAGGCACAGAUGCAGAGAGGGACCAUUAAAGCUGCUCUCACCAGUGAUGGUCCUCAGGGAUCAGAGCUCGAUGCUCACCAAUCCUUCUCCAAGGCUCCCCGACGUCUACCUGAGCUCAGGCUGGUUCUCUUAGGUGAAAGGGAGACUGGGAAAAGUGCUGCUGGGAACACAAUCCUUGCCAAAACAGGCUUCUUCCAAGCAGGUGCAGUAACAGAGGAGUGUGUUCGUCAACAGGCGGAGGUGGCCAUGCGGCUGGUGACGGUGGUGGACACACCAGGCUGGGAGGCAGGUGGGGCAGGUGCUACACCAGAGAGGGUGAAGAGAGAAAUUGUUGGUAGCGUGGCCUUGUGUCCACCAGGACCCCACGCACUCCUGCUGACUCUGAGAGUGGACACUCUGGUCAGGGUGGGACAUGUCAGGGAGCAUGUGGCGCUUUUGGGGGAGGGCGUAUGGAGACACACAAUUCUGCUCUUCACUCACAGUGACCAGCUACGAGAGGGGGUGGAUAUCGAGCAGCACAUCCAGGGUGGAGGCAGAGACCUGCAGUGGCUGCUGGAGAAGUGCAGCGGCAGAUAUCAUGUCAUCAGCAGUGUAACUGGUGGAGGAAGUGAAAGUGGAGGCUCCACUAUGGUGACAAAGCUCCUGGAGAAAGUGGAAAAGAUGGCAGUCAUGAACAGGUGUGAAGCUUUCUCAUGCUUGGUUCAGGAGGUCAGGGACCUGAGCCGACAAAAGAAUGAAAAGUUCAACCAGCGUCUGAAGGAGAUUGGAGAUAAGAUGCUUCGCCAGCAGGUAGAGCUGAAGAAUAUGAGGGAGAGGGAGAUGAAGAAACUCAGGUGGUUCUUUGACAUUAGGAAGAAGGUGAAAUCACCUGGGAAGGCUGAAAUUCAAAGAGAAGAAGAGGAGGAUGAGGACAGGAGGAUUGACGGAAAAAAUCACAACAUUGGCGAGCUAGAGGAGAGAAUGCGAUGGCUGACGGAGGAUAAAGAGAGGGAAAUUCAAGAUCUGAGCAUAGAAAAUGAGAGAAAGCGCUUAGCAUUAAAUCAAAGCAGUCAAGAAAGAGAGAAGGCAAUGCUUUGCUUGGAGGUCAAAGAGAGAGAGAUUGAGGAGUUGAAGGAGAGAAUUGAUGAGCAGCAAGCGAAGCUGCUGGACCUUGAUCGUGCAAGUGUGGAAAAUGAACAGAGGCGAAAGCAGAGGGAGGACGCCAUUAGAGUACAGACUCAAGAGUGGAGGGAAGAAGUGGAGAAACACAAGAAAGAAAAAGCAGAGUUAAUGGAAAAGGUAGACUCGUUAAAAGCAGAAAUGGAAAAGACAAAAAGAAGCUAUGAUGCUGUUCUUGAAAGAAAAGAGCAAGAGAGCAACAGAGAGAUAAUGAGGCUGGAGGAAAAACUUAAAGAGGACAUGGAGCUAAUAAUGUUUGAAAAAGACGAAGAGCAGGAGGAGCUGAGACAGAAAGUGUUGGAGGAAAAUCAGAUAACUCUCCAUACGGCAAUACAAGAUCUAAAACUGCAGCAUCAGGAGGAGAUGACCAGAAGAAUCAGUGAAAUGGAAAAACUGAUGGAGAAAGUCAAAGUUCAACACCAAGAGACAAGCGACAGAAAUUUGAAAGAGAAGACACAGGACAUGAAACGAAUCAGACAACAACAUGAAAAUGAAAUAAGAAAUCUGAAAGAGCAAUUUGUAAAACAAAAUGAGAUCCACAUGGAGGUAAAAAAGAAAGAAACAGCUACAGAGCUAGAACAACAGUAUUGUGCCCAACUAAAACAAAACAUGCUACAACAUGAAAAAGAGAAGGAAAUGAUUAAUCUAAAUCACAACAAAGACAUGGUGCAAAAGCUGCAAGAGAAAGAAAAAGAAAUAGAGAACUUGAAACUGCAGCAUCAGGAAGAUGUGGCAAGAAAAAUGAAUGAGAUGGAAAAACUGGUGGAGUCAACGAUAGCUGAACAUCAGAAAGUGAUAGAUCAAAGUGUGAACGAAAACAAGGAAAAUGUAGAAAGGGUGCGACAACAUUACAUGGAAAAAAUAGGAGAAAUGGCGGAGGAAAGAAAAAGAGAGACAGAGAGGUCUGAGAAACAAUUGCAGGGAAAAGAAAGAGAGAUAACAGAGUUAAAUCUGAAGUAUUUGGCUCAAAUAGAAGAAAAAAUGCUUGAACACGAGAAAGAGAAAGACAUAUUUCAGCAAAAAUAUAAAUGUAUUUUGGAAAAAAUGGAAGAGAGAGACAGGCAUAUAGAGGAGUUAAAAUGUCAGCACUUCAAUGAAGUUGAAGAAAGUGAGAAGGAGAAGGAAAGAUAUGAAAAAGAGAUGCAAGAAAAGGAAAAGGAGAUCGAGGGGAUGAAAAAGAAAUUCAACGAACUUAAAUUACAGCUACAACAAGAGGAGGUGAAAGAAACAGAUCAUUUGAAUUACAUUAAAGAAAUGACACAAAGACUGGAGGAAAAGGAAAAGGAAAUGGAGAAUUUGAAACUACACAUGAAAAAAGUGAAAGACCAACUGCAACAGAGGGAGGAAGAAGGAGUAGACCAUCUCAAUUACAAGAGAGCUAUGGAGCAAAGCCUAGGAGACAAAGACAGGGAAAUAAAAAAGAUAACAGAACACUUAAAACAACUUCAAAAAUCCCUGCAACAACGAGAAGAGGAAAGAGAAAAGGAUCAGUUGAACCAAAAGAGACAAAUGGGGCAAAAACUGAAAGAAAACGAUAAAGUGAUAGAAAAGUUGACCCAGCAUAUCAUGGAUAUUGAAGAAAUACUGCAAAGAAAAGAUGAAGAGAAAGGAGAAAUUGCUCUGAACCAAAAGAAAGAGGCAGAGAAAAACCUGCAGUAUACAGAGAAUACGGUGGAGGAUAUGAAAGUAGAGCUUUUAAAUGUAAUGGAGCGGAAGAUCCAAGAAAAGGAAAGUGAGAUUGAAAGUAUUAAACAGCAGGCUACUGAGCAGAAGAAGGAGAAUGAGAAGAGUCAAAAGGAAGUUAACAAGCUCAUGGAGAUCAUCGAUCAGAAAACUGAAGAAAUAAAACAGACUCAGUGUCUUCUUGCACAGAGGGAUACUGAGGUGGAUAAAGCAAAGAAGGAUAGUGCCAACUACAUGAAGGAAAUUGAGGACCUGACGGAAAGAAACAAAAACCAGACCUGCGAUAUCAUUGCGAUACAACAGCGACAUGAGGAGCAGGAGAGGAAAAGAGAUGCUGAAGUGAUGGAAAAGCUGCAGGAGAAAGAAGAGGAGCUUGGGAAACUGAGACAAAGAGACAAGGGAAACCAGAGCGAGAUUAUCCAGCUGAAGAUCACCAUCGAACAAACAAAGUCAGAGCUGAAGGAUCUCACCAUCAAGAUGGAAAAGGAGAUGACAAGCAUGAUUCAGGGAUACGAAAAGGAGAUUGAAAGAAGAAACACGAUCUUAGAGUCAAUGGCAAAGGAGAAAGACAACGCGAUAGCUCAUCGGGAGGAAGAAAGUCGUCAACGCAUUCUGGUUGUUACCGAGAAAUAUGAGGAAACUCAAAAGAGAGUUGAGGAGCUGCAGGAGCAAAAUGAGAAGAUGAGCAAAGACAUGGAUAGGUACAAAUUAAAGUAUGAGGAGCUGAUGAAGGAGUGUGAAGAAGUUAGGGAACAUCUCAGAGGACGUGAAGAGCAGGUGAAGAGCAAAGAGUCAGGCGUCCAAUGUGUUCUCAGCGAGAGAGAUGUGGAGGUCAGGGCACGGGUGGAGGCAAAUAGCAAACUGCAAUUAGAGCGAGAAAUGACGCAAGAGAGACACGACAGCGAGAAAGUGCAGCUGAGAGAACAUUUUCAGACUGAGAGACAGAUUGAGGAGAAAUUCUUGAAAAGGGAAAAAGAAAAAGAACAGAACAUGAGUGGAGAUCAGGACGAAGUGAGCAAGAGAGAAUUUAGAUUGGUUGCAAAAGAGGUAGAGCUCGCUGAAAAGGAGGUUACACUUGAAGGUAGAGAACAAGAACUCAGAAAACUGAAAGAGAAUCUAGAAUUACAACAAAAAGAGCAAGAGGAGAGAGAUCAACAUGAGCAGGGAGUGAAAAUGAGAGCUCAGAAUGUUGAGAAAAAGGAGAGGGAGAUUGAAGGCUUGCUCAGAGCUCUGGAAGGCAAACACGCAGAGCUCAGCUGUCACGGGCAAGAUCUCCAGAGGAAGGUGAAGGGUUUGAAAGACCACGGGAAAGAGCUGAAAGACCGAGAGCACUACCUAAAAAACGAAGAGCAGGAGUUGCUCAGUUGGAAGUCGGAGCUGCAGAUGCGAAAUGAUCACGUAACCUCUACAACGCAGCAGUUGGACGAGAUGGGCAGAGACUUGGCCUUGCUGAAAGAGGAGCUUUGCAAGAAAGAGAUGAAUUUGAAGAUCGCACUCAAACAACUGAACACAUGGGAGCAAAGCCUCGACGCUCGAGAGGCACAGUUGCACGAAAGAGAGCAAAGAGGUUCAGGGAGUGGUCCACAUGUUGAUUGCAACAACGGGAGCAUCCAUAGGGUGAAUUAUGCCAGUGUGGGAACUGCAGCGGAGAGCUCAGAGGAAGACGUCCAUAUAAUGUACCAACAGGUCAGUGAGAUAAGGGAAAAGGGAAGAGGACGACAGAAAGAUAAAGGAGAACGCACAAAGGCUAGGGAGGAUCACGCAGAGAUAGAGAUGCUUGAGAAAAAGGAAGGGAGGGGAGGAAGAGUAGAGAUGAUGAAGAAGAGAAGCAAACAGGACGUGGAGAGCAUCAGGCAGGAUUUGAGGCAGUUUGCUCAGGGUCACAGAGGGUCAAACAACAAAGACUCUCCUCCGUUGUAUUUGAGGGUGAUGGUAUUAGGGGAGUCCUGGUCAUCUCACUCUCCAGCUGGCGUCACCAUCCUGGGUGGCGAAGGCUCCAAACCUGAUGGAUCCACCUUUAGAUCUUGGAGAGGUCAGGUAGCAGGGAGACACCUAGCAGUUGUCGAGCCGCUAGGUUUGAGGUGGCGAGACGGACCAGAGCCAAACCACUCAUUGCAGAGGAAGAGCCUUCGCGACAGCAUCACGUGGUGUCACCCAGGUCCUCACAUCGUCCUCGUGCUCAUGCCCGCCUUCUUAAACUGCACGCAGAAGUACAGGAGAGCCGUGGAGGAGCACGCAAGUUUACUUGGGGAGGAGAUUUGGCAGCGCACCCUGGUGUUGUUCACCUGGGGGGAAACUUUAGGGGUGAGCGCAGAGCAGCACAUCCUGAGGAAUGGGGAACUGACGGGGCUCGUAGAGAAGUGUGGAGGCAGGUAUCACGUGCUCACCAGCAAGCAAAUGAACUCUGCGAGUGAAGGAUUGUUUGAAAAGCUGGAGGACAUACUGGCUUUGAACAGCAGAGAGCAGUGUUUGAUGUAGAACUGGAAAAAGAUGAUGUAUUUAUUGUGUCUGUUAUUAUUAUUACGUCGUUAUAGCAACAAAUAAACAUGCAAGAAACAAAAGUACUAGUAGCCUUUUUUUGUUUAUGUAAAAGAAGCAAUACCACAAAUUAGAAAUUAUGAAAAAUAAUCAGAUUUGUCAUCAAAUAAUCAAUUAUAAGUACAACCAAAAUUCCUAUUAAAUGUAGCUGUACAAAGGUAUAAAGUAGUAUUUCAUAACUGUACCUAUACUAAUUAAGUACAGGAGCAUGUAUGUGAAUUAUUAAUUUUGACCAAAGCUGCCAAAUUCAAGUCAGUGCAUUAAAUAUGUCAAAAAUA